CUAAAACCGAUCCCUACUUUUUAGAACUUGAAGAGACUAAACCCAAGUCGUCACGUGUAGUAAAAAUUUGCAUUAGUUGCAAUUAUCAUUGUCGAGGUUCCCUCCAGACUCGGUAGUACAUCACAAAUAAAUACGAUAUAAUAGUCGGUUCGCGAUAUUCAACUUGUGAACUGUGCUUUAGUUUUUUUGCAGUGGGAAAACUUACCAUGGGCGGCAACUUUGUUUUCGGAUUGCUACUGUUCAGUGUUGCAUUUGCCGGAACACAAGAAUAUGUUAUAUUGGAUGAACCAGAAACUGAUAUCUGGGACGAAUACCUUAAACCCAACCAACUACUAUUGGAAUUAUGCAAAGAUUAUCAUCUGACAAUCAACAAUAAUCAAAUAGAUUGCUCGAAUAUUGAAUUUAAAGCCAAGCAAGACAAUACCCACAUUAUUCACAGAAGAGAGGCUGACGAUAUUGAACUGGAAGGAUCUGGCAAUGGUGAAUCUGAAAUAUCACUGUUUGGGGAAAACAAUAAGGAUGAAGCAGCAGAAUCUGUAGAAAAAUCAGAUGUGGUAAAAGAGGCUGCAAAUGAUACUGUUGUAGCUGUAGAAGCAUCAAAUAAUGCUCAAGGAGAAUCUGAUGUAGAUCCACCAGCAGCAGAAGUUGUAGUACCUUCAGUAUCAGAAUCAGACAAGGUUGAAAAAGUAGAUCCACCAGCGACAGAAAAUGUUCCAGAAGUUGUUGAUGCUCAAGAAAUACCUGCUGUAGAACCACCAGUAGUAGAAAGUGUUCCAGAAGUUAUAGAUGAUGUUCAAGAAAAAUCUGCUGUAGAUCCACCAGCAGUAGAAGUUGUUGUGCCAUCAGUAACAGAAUCAGACAAGGCUCAAGAAGAAUCUGCUUUAAAACCAUCAGAAUCUGCUGCUGUUGAGCCAGAAGAAUCAGCUGUGAAACCAUCAGAAGAAAAAUCAGAGAAUGUUCCAGAAGAAUCUGUUGUUGUUGAAGCCGUACAACCAGAAGCUGGAUUAGAGAAGGUUUCAAAACCAUCUGAAUCUGAUGCUAUAGGCGAAAUUGUUGACAACGUCGCAAAAGAGACCGUUGAAGAAGCAAAAGAAGCCGACGUUGCCUUGAUACAACCUGAAGUAAUCGAUGAAAAACAAUCAGGCAACGCAAUUUUGUUCAAAGAACCCAAAACUCUUGAAGCCAAUAAUAGUCCAGUAGAAGGCAGCGACAGCGAAAAACAUCUAGCAAGCCUUGCCACUAACGAAGACUCAAAAAUUGAACAACCCACCACUGGUGAAAGCGCCAAAACCGUAUCGAAAGCAAGCAAAGACACCACAAUUCUUAUAGUUUUAUUCGUAGUAGUCUUGGUCAUAGGAGGAGCAGCUUUUACACAUCACAUGAUUAAAAUGCGUAAAGCUAAAAGGGCAGAGGAAAGUAGUUUGGUUGAUGGAAUUAGAAAAAGCCUGCAAAAUUUGGCUGGCAAUGGCAAAGCACCUACUCCAGAUGUGGAACAAGGUACUGAAAUGAAACCUUUGAUGAAUGUGGAUAGCAAUAGCAGUCCGGUUAUGGUUAAAGAGUAUUCGGAUAAGAAAAAUCAGUUGGAAGCUUGAAUUUGUUUAUUAUAAGUUUGUAUUUUUAUUUUGUGAUAAUUUUUUAGUCAGUACUUACUGAAAUGAGAAGCAUUGUGCCUGUUUUGUAACUGUUGUCUUUAUAAAAACAAUGUACUUAUACAUUUACGGAAAUAUUUAUAAUAAUAAAUUGUUUUUUAAGUUGUCAGUUUGUUAUUUU